CUCGCAACUGAUGACGUCACGAAACAAAUGAAAAUUAUUAUUUAGCGAAGAAACAAACAUGGCUCGCGCAAGCAGUGCCGGUUUUGACAGGCAUAUUACAAUCUUUUCUCCCGAGGGAAGAUUGUAUCAAGUUGAAUAUGCAUUCAAAGCAAUCAACCAGAGUGGACUCACCUCAGUUGCCAUCAGGGGCACUGACAUUGCGGUUGUGGCCACGCAGAAGAAAGUGCCUGAUAAGCUUAUGGAUCCCAAAAGUGUGACUCACCUUUUCCAGCUGACUGAAGGAGUUGGAUGUGUGAUGACUGGCAUGAUCGCCGACAGUCUGGCCCAAGUGCAGCGAUCGCGCUACGAGGCAUCAAACUUCAGAUACAAGAACGGCUAUGAGAUGCCUGUUGAUGUCCUGUGUCGCCGAAUUGCCGACAUCAACCAGGUCUACACACAAAACGCUGAAAUGCGACCUCUUGGCUGCAGCAUGAUUUUGAUCGGCUAUGAUGAUGAGCUUGGCCCCUGCGUUUUCAAAACUGACCCUGCUGGUUACUUCUCGGGGUACAAAGCCACCAGCGCUGGCUCCAAGCAGACCGAGGCAAACUCCUUCCUCGAAAAGAAGCUCAAAAAGAAACUGACUUAUUCUGGUGACGAGGCAAUCCAGCUGGCUAUAACUUGCCUUUCCACUGUCUUGUCUGUGGACUUCAAACCCAACGAAGUUGAAGUUGGGGUCGUCUCAACUGCUAACAACAGGAAAUUCCAGAAACUUUCUGAGCAAGAGAUUGAUCGUCAUCUUGCUGUUAUUGCUGAGAAGGACUAAACCAGCGCCUGCCCAUUUAUUUUUCAAACUUCAUUAAUAAUCUUGUAUUAAUAAAAAAUAAAAUGCCUCUUAAAUUAAAUUAA